GACGCGCUGUCGUCAUGCGAACAUCACUCGUCGCCUUUCUAUAUUUGGCCCUCACCGCAUUUUCCCGCCAUUUCGGCUUUAUGCUUGCGUUUCUGUUUGGCUCUGUGGAUAAGUAAAACCAAAAUGGCGAGUUCUAGCGACGAUGAGGAAGCGAAUAGUUGGGAGAGAUUUCAAGAUCUGUGCCGUGAUCUUAACAUGGAUGAAGACACAAGCCAAGAAGCUUGGUCUUCGUACCAAAAGAUAAGCACAAACUAUACUUUAGAGGUGAGCUCGCUUUGUUUGAGUGUUUGCGUUCGUUACAUGAUUGCUUCGAAUAUCGUAAACCCGGGAACGGUUUACGAAGUUACAGCUUUGAGCCCGAUUUUAUUGCAAUCAGAAGCCUCUGACAAAUAGAUAUUUUAUAUUUAAACAUUUUCUGUUUCAGGGGGAAAGUCUUCACUGGUUGGCAUGUGCUCUAUACGUCGCUUGCCGCAAAAGCGUUGUUCCGACCGUUGAUAGUUCGGGUACGGUCGAAGGCAACUGUGUUUCACUAACGCGAUUGCUCAGAGCAGCAAAACUAAGGUGAGAUUUUGUCGAUCUGUUUAGGAACACGAACCAUCUCGGUUUCGAUUCGUAUGCAAUAGAACUUCCCUUGUAAUGUUUUCUGUUUUGCUUUCUCUGUAGUCUCAUUCAGUUCUUCAGCAAAAUGAAGAAGUGGUUGGACAUGUCGAACGCGUCGGGGGACUUUCGAAAGAAAAUUGAAUUACUAGAAAGGAACUUCCACGUUUCCACUGUCAUAUUUAAGAAGUACGAACCUAUUUUCCUGGAAAUCUUUAAAGAUCCACGGGAGGAAAACACAAAGACUCAGAGAGGCCGAAAAUCAAGGUAAAUACACAAAUUUGUUGCGCGGCCUUUGUAAACAAUAACGUGACGAGUUUGGCUUAUUGAAUGUAAACCUGUUACGGUUGACCUGAAAAUCUACAACGUUGUUCGUUUCAUGUUGUUUUUGCUUCUCUCAGACUUUCUAGCGAAAAAUAACCUGUCCUUUCUCAGGUCCUCAGCUGUAAACAUGUGAUAUUUAAAUGAGAAACUCGUGGCAUAUUAUCUCUUCAUUUCAAAUUCUUUUAUCCCUCGCAGAAAACAGCCGUGUUCUGUUGGUGAUGUUUUUGCCUUCUGCUGGACUUUAUACAUUCAAGCUAAAGGUAAGCGGGCUGCCAAUUUUCAUUUUUCCUACGGCUUGAGAUAGUCAGCUGUUUAUUUUAGAAAAAGCAGGAGUGUAAACCGUCUUGACUCGCUGUCACUAAACUCGGACAAAUUCAAAGACGUUCGAAUAUUACAUGCUUUUGUUCGUGUUGCGUUGGCGCGAAAUUGUCUCAAGAGUCAUAUGGGACACUUCUGCUUCACGUCUCGUCCAGCAAGCCAGGCAACUUAAAAAUUUUUAUUAGUAGAACGGCAAUUUUGAAUUCACUAGAGUCAUGUAAACUUCCAUAAUAAUUAAUGAACAGGGCUUUUUUUCUACUAGGUCUGUAGACCUGCUGAUAGUAGGCCGGGUGAUGAUUUUUUUAUAUAUAUUCAAGAGCCAGAAAAGAGAUUUUCCUUUAUUGCAAUUCCAUUUUUAAAGUACCUUAAAUGCAUUAUCUAGGGUAGCUCGCUUCAAAAACUUCCUUAGCUUUUGGGGGUGGUGUCAUUUAUAUCUUGUGAAAUUUGAACUGAAAGUGAAAUCAAUAUUCUUGACUGCUGCGGUUUUGUCAUGUGUUUCGAGUUUUUUAAAAAAUCUAUUUCUGUGUCACAUGCGACAUAAACAACUCGUAAGGGAUUUAUGCAUGAUAGUACAGUAUGAAAGGAUAGCAUACUACGGGGGCAAAAGCUGCAGAAUUCUGGAUUACUUUGUUGUUUUUAGCCUAAGGUAAACACUUCCCUGGCUGAAAUCUCAAUAUUUUGAUUGUCAGUAGAUCAGGAUUAAUAUAGCACUUCAUUAUGGGAACUGAUGAAAUAAUAUAAAAAAAUGUUUCCAAUGAAACCUCUUUUAUGCACACCAGAAAAAUGUUUUUGCUUUAGGCAAUUUUCAUUCUUUUUUUCUGCUAGAAGCAAAUUUAUCAGUAAAUAAAUCUUUCCAGAUAAUUUGCAGUAGAGUGCAGGGAAUUUUACAAGAGUAUUCUUUCUUUGGUCGAUUGCACACAAUUAUUCAGUGAUUACACACAGGCUUUGAUUGGACUGUUGCCCUCACCCCACAAGUCCACAGCUAAUCCUGAGUGGCUGGCUCUUAGGAUUGGUGAUUUGGAAGAAAAUAUUUGGUUGUUUUUUGUUCAAACUUACUCAUGCAGGGACUGACGGUAGAUGUUAAGUGACCUAUGGUAUUUUAAAUGAAGUUUUUUCGGCGGUGUACGGACGUGGGUGGGAAACAUGUCUAGGCCUGUUUAAGGGGUCAGUUAUUUUAACAAUAGAGACAUUUUGACAUAGCUUUACACAGUUUGUCAAUUGUUCAACCUGUCAUUACGUAGCUAAUCCAACUUCAUCUCCCUUUUGAUAUGUUGCAGUACUUGUUUCAGGGUAUAUUUUGUGCAAAGGGGUCAAAUAUUCAGCUUACUUCUUGGGCAUGUUCAGGCUUGAAGUAGAUCUACUCGAUCUGAAUUGUGACUUCUCAUUUCUGCAUGCAUAGACUGUGUGUUCUGGCUGGAUUAACUCUAACAGUAGAGUCAUAAUUAACCUGAACAUAAUACUCUGCUAUAGAAAAUUAAUUUUGGCCCUUUACAAGUCUUUGCAUUUCUCGGAAUGUCAUUAACAUUGUUUGUGAUGAAAGACAAUGAUCAAGAUAUUGUCAAUUUGCUACAAAUGAAAUUCUGUAAAUUUUUUGUUUAUAAUUAUUUUAACUUCUCUUAUGAAAUUGAUUUUCUUUUUACAUAUUUCACACAAAGGAUUUGACUAUUUAUAUUUACAGCAGACAGCUCUGUAGGUGGUAAAUUUUUGAAGCGACAUUUAACAGUUCUGUAAUUUAUUAAUGGCGCCUCUAGAUGUUUUGCUUCAAAAUUGAUGUGAUGGUUAUUGCAAAACAACCACACAUUUUAAUUAGACUUGGGUUGCAAGAUAAUAGUAAGAAAUGUCUCUUUUUAGUAGCAAAUGGUAGAUUUGUUUCUCUUUCUAUCAAAAGGAAAUGCACAGUUUGAUACUUCCUUUGUUUUUACAGAAAGUAAAUUUGUUGCUCUUUCAAGGUAUUUGUCUUGUUAAUCUCUGACAGAAAUUGUCCUAAUGUGCAAGCUGCAAGUUUUGUAGUCUAUUCAUUGGAACAAUCUUUACAAUAUUUAGCAAAUGUCAAUUGCAGAGAUAACAUUGUUUCAAAAAUACCUCAACAACAAUUGUGGAUUGUGACUGUGGCAUUUAAAAUUGGAGAAUUUGGAAGGCAGACCGAGGUGAGGGGGACACUGGGGUCUACCCAACACCGCAAUUUAUUUACUGUAAGAAAAGUUGGCAAAUACUAAAAUACCGUGGUGAAAAUCAAUAAAAAAAAUGAUACUACAUUUAUGAUUGGGCACUCUUCCUUAAAUGGAGUUUGGUCGUUUCAAUCCCAAGUAGUUUCGAUCCAAGUCGAUUCGAUACAAACUGAAGUUGUGUCGAUCCGUCAACAAAGUCGAUUCGAUCCAUGUAGAAAGUCUAUUUGAUCCAUCCUAAGUUGUUUGAAAACAAACAAGAAACGAAUAAUUGUGAUGUCUUCUACCAUUUUGUCAGUGCGUUAAAUUCAACCAGCGAUAUAGUUUGUACCCCGAAUAAGACAGCAUUGCUUAAACGUCGCUAUAUUAAAGAUGAUGCUAUAGUUUUCUUCCACUGUGCAGGGAUUUCUCAGGGCUGUCAAAAACUUUUUAAGUGGCAGGCUGUUAAUAAGUAGUAGGCAGUUUUGGAACUCGCACCAAAGGCACAUGUUCUUGAGGGCUGAGACAUCUAGGGAUAUUUUGAAAUUCAGAGUCUCAGAAAUGGUGUUUCCAGGGGUUUUCAAGAGGUAUUUCCACCGCGGACACCAUGUUGUUUCAUCAGAAUACAAGCAAGACUGCGAACAAUGCCGUCAAAAUUUCUUAGGUAUUCCACGACAUCGUGCGGCUUGAACGUUUCACAGAUCUAAACUUGUUUAAAUAUGCGUUCAAUGUCGUUCAAAACUGGGAAAUGGAUGCUUUACAAUUUUAGUCCAAGGUGCUUAUUUUUUGUUAGCAGUUAUGGUAGAAGGAGAUGAAAGUAGCCGGUUAAGGAUGGCUAACUAGCCGGUGGUUUUGGCCAGCUACCUCCUCUUCAGAAAUUUAUGCCAAUUUGUGUUUAUAUCAGUUGAAAAUAUCACACUGUCUUAUAAUGUAGGAAAGCCUCUAACCAUGCUUCAGAAUGAUUGAAAAUGCCUCUCCUGGAGUGCAAAAUUUCAAAAUUUUCCUGAGUAGGGGUUUCUGUGGGUAUGCUACCCAGGAAAAUUUCACUUCUUCCUUGCUUCAGCUAAACUACCCACCUAAACUUAAGGUUAUUGCAACCCCUGUGGGGAAAUAUCUCCUUAAAAUACUAUAUAAAGCCUUUUUUACACAACCACAGGGUACAGCAGUUCAAUUUGAUAUCAUCCACAGGAUCUCAUCUAGUUCACUUAAGUUCUGACCAUUUCCUUCCAAUGGAGGAUCCAGGGGAGGGGCUCGACCCCCCCCCCCCCCCCCCUCUUCUUUGGGAAAAAUGGGUGCUCACCCGCAGUAACAAAACAUUUUUUACACUAUCCAGCACUCCCCCCCCCCGCUCACCGCGGUGCGUGCGGUGGCACCCUUCCGUCACUUUGUCCUGGUUGUUCUUUACAUCAACACAUCUGUNUGCAAUCAGUGAUGAUUUGGUGAAUUCUUAUCAUUUACUCUUGUGCUGUCUUGACUUGCUGUACUCAAAUGCUUUAUAUACGAAGAAUCGCCAGAAUUUACUGAAUCCAAACUUUGAAGGUAAUUUCUAAAUAUUUUUUGAGAAUAAGAACUGCUUUCGUUGGCCUCAAGCUGGUACGAAAUGCAAAUGAGUGAUUUCAUAUUAAAAUAAUAAAUAUAUGACUUUCAUUUAUUUGAAUUGCGGUUUGAAGAAAAAAUAAUAUUGGUCAGAGUGCUGCGCCGGUAUCGCAGAGGGCAAGGGUUGGAAUCCCGGCAAGCCUGAAUGAUUUUUCAGGCUUUGUUUUCACAGCUGCAAAAGUUGUGUAUUUAGUUUUCUGAUAAAUAAUAACGAAAAUGGGGAAGUAAAUAAUAUUUCAUGCAAGUAUUUCUCUCUUAUCUUUAGAAAGACCAGAAACACAACAAAAAAAAACACUAUUAACCCUUUAAGCCCCAAUAUCCACAUACAAAUUCUCCAAACUGAUCUUUAUACAUUUCCUUAAAGAAUUAGUUGAGAGAAUUUGAUAAAAGAUUGAAACAUUUUCUCUUUAGUGAUCAUUUCAUUAAUUCUCAUAACCUUAUCUCUUGACAUUGUAUGGAUAUCGUUGGGAGAAAAUAAAUGUUGGUCACCAUUGGGACUUAAAGGGUUAAACACUAUGUAAGGCUGCUGCCUAACAGGCGCCUGGUCUGCUGAUAAAAGUAAACAAACAAACACUUUUCUGAAAAUUUGAAACUCAAAUAAAUCAAGUUUCAAGUAUCUGCUUUCUUAUUUAAGUUGAUCAAUCAAUGGGCUCCUGGAAAUGUGGCUCAGGCUCCUAACUUUCUAUUUAAGGAGCCCAAAGGGCUCCCAAAAAAUUUUCUCGUGCAGCAGCCUUGCUAUGACUUGGCACAUGACUACCCGACAUACGUUGCCAAUAUGGCAGCUUUCACUGCAAUAUAAGUCGCCAAAAUUUUUUGUCGUCUUGCCAUGAUUAGCAAACAGCUUCAAGCACUGACCCCCUUCCCCCUGGGUAUCAAGACUAUACACUUGGGCUAGGAUUAAAGUCACAAGGCUGAUGCCCCACUCCUCCCCAGCCGAGUAAUGGUGCUCAUUAAAAAAGCUUCACUCCUGCAAGUACACACCCUAAUACAAGUGGCAUCGUAGCAUCAAACCUCUGAUUUGCUAUUUUGUGUUGUUACAUAAAAGGAAUUUAGAAAUACAAGUUGAUUUACUUUUCGCUUUUAUUUCCCUAGGUUUACCGCAGGAAUUUGGAAACAGAGAUUUCAAGCCUCCAGCUGAAGUACCUUGUGUUGUUGAAUGGCUUUGCAAGAAGCAUCAAGGUGUCAUUUUCAGUCAUUACGUUUCACAAACUACCACUUUUAAGCCACAGCAGUUAUAGGUCCAUCUACCUGUAAACCAAAACAUUUGCCUGAUUGAUAUUAUACUGCCCCCCACCCCCUCACCCUCUGAAUUCAAUUUAUUGUGAUGUAGUGAAACUGUUUUCUCUACCAUUUACAAACCCCCUUGGAUACAAACCUCUCCCAAUUUAUAAGCCCUUGUAACACCCCUUAUGAUGAUGUAUAAGCCACAGUUUACCAUAUUUGAUUUAACAGAUCAGCCAUGUUAGAUGACUUUGACACUUUAUAAUAAAAUUAUACAACUUGUAUAUUUUUUUGUCCAUCCCAAAGUUAAUAUUACACAAGUGUUUCAUUCUUUUCAUUAACAGGAAUUGUUCUAGAAGCUAAAGGAAUCAAGGAACAUCACUGGAAACCAUUUAUAAAGCAACUCUUUGAGAAGAAGGUGAGACUUGUCUUGCUAAGUUAUUGCUAAAAGAUUUUUUUCUUCCAGGUUUUAUUUUACCAACCUCCGUAAGAUACCAAAAUGGUUACUCCCUGGUUUCAUUUAAGCAAGGAAGUUCAACUUAAAAAAGUCCUAAAAGGCCCUACUCACACUGCUUCUCCCCUCACAGAAAAAAGGAAACUUGCCACACAGUUUCUAAGAUGAACCCCGAGUCACAUGUAUGUUCAUUUGUGUUUUUUUUCUUUGUUUCCAUUAGACACUCAAGGGAAAUGAAGAGAACUUGACAGGCAUUCUUGAUCAGGGCAAUUUUGAACAGAACUGGUAAGAAUUUUUGUUUUUCUAAAAUACAUUGCUUUCAAAGAGGAAAUAGGCUAAUGGGAAUCUGUUGUUUGUUUUGAAAACAUAAAUGACCACAAAUGUCCAGUUCAUAUGAAACAUGAUUGAUAUAAAAAUAUUGUUUCGUUAUUAGCAAGUCAGUCAACAAAGAAUAUGAAGAAUACGUGCUGUCUGUUGGAGAUUUUGAUGAGAGAAUCUUCCUGGAUGACGAGGCCCAUUUAGAAAUUGGCACACCAGCCAAGAAUGACAGUUUUACAGAAGUGGAUGGCCAACAGAGGUUUGUACUAGGAGGCAGUCUUUCUUCUUAAAAGCUUUUACUCCCAGCUAAAUCAUUGUGUAAAAAAUUGAUUCGAUUCCUUCAUAUGGAGAUGGAAAAUAAUGGGAUAUCUGUUUUGAAAACCUUGUUUCCUGACGAUGCAUCAACAGUUAAUAAUACAGGCAAUAAUUAAUUUUUAUGCCAGGAUCUGUAGCUAUUUGAGUAUUUGAACUUGUGUUUAAGUACAUUACAUUUCAUUUUAGGAUGGGACUGAGGAGGAAUUUGCAGGAGCAUUUUACACGGGUAAGGUGUUUUAAAGUCUAUUUACUUUGUUUUUAUUUAAAAUAGCUACCAAGCGAUUAUUGAUUUUUGUGUGAAAGAAGAAGGCAAGAUUCUUCUUUCUAUACUAAGUGUUGUUUUUGAUUUUUUUUGUAUCAGACUAGAAGCCUUGCACCUUCAACACCACUGACUGGACGAAGAUAUUUGAAAGAAAAAGAUCCAAAGUAAGUUUUCCUAAAUUUUGAAACCAAGCUCGGAUAAGGCAUAGCCUAGAAUCUACUGUCACAACUUACAAGACUGUGAUCAUUAAAUUAUUCUUAAAUUAUGCCUAUCCACUACAUUUUAUUUUUCUUGUUAGUUGUUUGAAUAUUAAGACAUUUUUGGUUUUUAUUUUUAGGAUUACUCCAGUGUCCACUGCAACUCAGUCAGUUAGCAGACUGCAAGCUCUUCUGGCAGGUUUGAAAGCUGGGCCAAGUGAUCGCCUUCUAAAGAUCUUCUCGUAAGUUUCAACUCUGUAUUUGUAAGUUUUUACAAACUACAUCUGUAAAUUUGUAGAUUGCUUGUUAACAGUUUUCAAUUUGUGUUGUUGUAGUGGAUGCAGCAGGAAUCCCCAGGAAGCAAUUGAGAGUCGAGUUAUGACUCUCGGAGAGACAUUUCUUAGGGAGUAUGUACAGGUCAGUAAUGAAUCCAAAGUCAAGGGUUUGCUUCCAUCCUUUUUUUCACGGUCAUUUUUCAUCUGGACAGUUUGUUCUUUCUCUUGAAGAAAUUCAUUAGCCUAUGAAAGGGCAAAUAAAUUGAGACAUUUCUUGAAACAUAGCCCCCAGAAAUCGUUUUACUAUAUUUUUUUAAUGAGUUAUUUAAGUGCAGUAAGAGAAACUUAUUUCCAGAGUAGUGUUAAGUAUGUUUUUUUUCUUUCUAGCCAUCCCCGGACAGACCAAAAUCUCCCUGUUCAACCAAAGAGUUUGCCACAAAGAGGCUUAAACUUGCAGAGAUUCUUUACUACAAGGUAAUGUCUUCGAGAAAUUUACCCCUUUGUUUGUCAAGUUAAAGUCUUUAACCAAGCGCUUUUAUUUUUAGGUUCUUGAAAGUAUCACUAUAUUGGAGCAGAGAAGGCUACAGGGACAUCUAGAUAUGACUGUAAGUUUUGUAAUCAGUGUGAUCUCUGAUACUGUUUACAGUCCAUGCUGUCUUAAUGGACACCUCUUUAAGAUGGACAGCUUGCCAAAACGGACAUCUAAAGUUGGUCCCUGUCUUUCCUUACUCCUUUAUAGUAGUUGACUCUCUAUACUAUGGGACAUUUCUCUAAGAAGGACACAUAUUCCAAGUCUCAAUGGUGUCUGCCUUAGAGAGCGUUAACAUUUACACUCCUGAGUGCUAUUACGAAGGUAUUCAAUGCAGUUCUAACUCGAGUCAUUGAUAAAGUACUGUAGUGCAAGGCUGUGCUCUAGCAGAGCCCGGUGGCCUGUGGUGGCGCCUAACUUUUGUUCUCGCGCGACUAGAAAACUUUUUCUUUUUCAUAGAAAUCAUAUGCUGGGCACACUGAGUUUCACAAGUUCAGAGCACUGGGCUCCCUUCAAUUUUUCUUAGUGCACAGCCUUGUAGUGUGACCAUUCAGAUGAAAACUCUGGAAGCACUUUUUUUCAAACCAUUGCAUUGAAGAACCAUCUUUGAUAAUCUGAUUUAGGUCUGUGGUAAAUACUUUGCAAGAACGUGUUUUGGUGACAAGCCAUUUUCUUUUUUUUAGAGUUUGCUGGAGCAGGAUUCCUUUCAUUGUUCCCUGAUGGCUUGUUGUUUGGAAAUAAUCAUCUUCUCUUACAACUCACAAAGGUAGCCCUUAACUACUCAAUUUUUCAGUGAAGUAGAAUAAAAAAAUUAAAAUUAGUUAAAUGAAAAUUUAACACAGUUAACUGCGUCGGGCUUAGCAGUCUUGGCCAGUCAGCAGUCAAACUCACAAGUGCAGGCUCCCAUGGAAACGUCAUUGGUUGUCACAGCCAGGAUCAUUGAGUUUUCGGUGGGGGCUUACGUGGUGGCUGUGUUGGUGUGGAGCAGUUUAUAGCGGUUGUUUUGGCGUUCUCCCACCACCCCACCCGACCCUCUACGUUCCCCUCCCACUGAGUCAUCAGUGUGAUGGGUGCCUGGAAUAGGGGCUCACGGCUGGGUGGCGGGGAUUUGCCGGCCAUGGGGGCAGAUUUUGUCUACAGGGUGGCUGGCCAGAGUGGAGGCUAUUGGAUACACCAGACGCACCUUCCAUUUAGUGAGGCAGCAGGUUAACUUGAAUGUUGAUUUACCUCAAUGACAUUGUUUUAUUUUAUCAGAACUUUUCCCUGGAUGAUUGAAAUCUUCAAUAUCAGUCCUUACCACUUUGUCAAGGUCAUUGAAGUGUUCAUCAAAGCAGAGGAUGGACUUUCAAGAGAUGUUGUGAAACAUCUGAAUUAUGUAUGUAUAAUCUUGCGGUAUGCUGCCAAGAACAUUAUGUUGUCCCGAUAUGACUGUGAAAAAUAGUUGAAAAUGUGUGAUCCUAGAAAAUAACCACUCCAAGCCCACCGGGGUGUCAAAGACCAAAAUUUUAAAAGGAAGCUAUGAACCAAAUGUGGAAUUUAGAGAGAGGUAAGAGGAUUUACUAAUAUUAAACCCCUAUGCAGGGGGAGUAAAGGAAAUUUCUGGAACAAGGUUAUGUUAUUUUACCCACUCUCUCAACUUUGAUGAACUUGCACAAGUGCAGUAUUUAUUCGUGUCUUUUGUGUGAUGAUAAUGUUGAGUUUGUUUACUAGGACUCUGAGUAUUAUCCAGUUUGUACCACUUGCAGCAAUCAGUGCUUUCCACAGCCAGCGUUCUGUCUGUGCACACUGAUAUAAGAUAGAAAAUGUCUAACACCAGUUCAGCUCCAAACCACUAACAACCAGGGUUUGCACAGUCUUGAAAAGUCCUUGAAUUUUAGGGGGAGUCCUUGAAUUCCAUUUUUCCUUGAAAAGUCCUUAAAUUUCUGUGCAAGUCCUUAAAAAGCCCUUGAAUUUUCUUCGAAUUUGAACAUAGUAGCCUGAAAAGAGUUUUUUGAUGCUUUUUGGUUGUCCAAGACAGAAAUAAAUCAUGGCCCAGAGAAUUUAAAAGUUAUUUACAUAAUGUGCUCUAUGUUUUAUGCAAUAAUGAUUUAACUAUCAAUUUAAGACAAGUAAACUGAAAAAUGUAGAAAAGUUGGUGAAGCAAACAGUUCAAGCCUUAAAGUCUUAUUAGAAUGGACUGGGAAUAUGCAUUUUGGUACAAUCGGUGAAAUUAUAAUCCUAGUAGAUGGUCCUUGAAAAUGUGAUGUGGUCCUCGAAAAGUCCUUGAAAAUGAUUGCAAUUUUUUAUAUGAACCCUGACAACGUACAUUUCACUGUUUUCAUAAGAUUGAGGAACAGAUUCUCGAGUGCCUAGCGUGGAGCCACGACUCUCCUAUAUGGGCAUCAAUUCAACAAGCUGGAUCUGUACCGUCAUGUGAAGAUGUGUCUAUUCCAAACCAACUGGAAACAGGGCACAGUACACAGAAUCUCCUUGCAUCCCCAAUUAUCCACCCUCGUGUACAGAGAAUAUGUGGUGAGGAGGGAGCAGCAAGGCGAGGUGAGAAGAGAGCUUUAUUUUCAAUUUUUCACUCUAAAUUCAAUGAUUCAAAGAAACCUUGUGUUUAUCAAGAAAAAAGAAAAGCAAACAUUUAAAUCUCUAUUUUCUUUGGAUGAUGAACCUCCUACCAUGACUAUGUACACCGCAGUGUUUUCAACAUAAGCAGUCAGUUGUCUCAUUCUAUGACAACUCUCCUUUUUACAAGGCCUAUUUUCAUUGCAAGUGUUUUGCAAAUUCUCAAACUCAAAACUAGAAAAAACGUCUAAAUUAAAGUUACAACUUCUACUUCCAAACCUGGCGAAAACAGUUUGUGAAAAACAGCUGAGCAAUAUUGUGGAGGAGGAAUUAAUUUAACAAGACUAUUUAACAAAUUGGUUUUCCUGAUUUAGGACUACCACAUGUAGACAAUACCAUAUGAAUCACUGAGUGAAGCCAGUCAUGUUUUGGAGUCCUUUUACUUUCCCCUGACUUUUUUAUUAAAUAAAUACAGUGACACUUAAAUAAAGGGAUUGAUUGAUCUAUUUUUAGUCCUGCCAUUAUCCAGCUCUCCAACAGCCCAUGAGCUGUUUAGCUCCCCUGUCACGCCAAGCAGUGGCGCCAGACGGAAUCUUUUGGUCAACUUUGGCAGCUGUCCACCCUCUCAGAAUCCUCAAUCUGUCACUCUGUCCCCUACCACAAGACAAGCUGCUGCCAAGAAUGCUCCUGCUUGUAAGUAAACAAUCCUGCAAAUGCCAUCACCUGGUUUUUUGUUGUUGCAAAUAGAACUGUUGUGUUGGCAGUGGCUGGCAUUUUGACAACCUUGUACAUGUGUGGAGACAUCUUCACAGGAAAUUGUGUUGUUACUUUUCAUGUGUUUGCCAAUUUUAGGAAAUAUCCUUCUUGUAGAGCGUAAUUGUUUUAAUUUUGAGUGUGAGAAUAACCUGUAUAUGAUCAUCUUAAGACCCCCAAAUAGGCUUAAGGUUUCUUAGCCUGCAUUGCAGACAUGAUCUAACCCAGGAUAGUAACGCUUGCAAUGUAGUGCUGAUAUCCUUGUUGUCUUGGCCCCCAAAGGACUUGACAAAUUAUGGGAAAUGUGUUUGAAUUUCUUUUCAACAUGAUUGGCACAUUGACAACUCUUUUUUUAUCAGGCCAAUUAUGCCACAUACUCAAAUCCUGGUACUUAGGUGGGGGACCACAGGGCACCCGGAAUCACAGCAGCCCACUGAAAGCCAAAUUACAAGGAAUUAUGGAAAUUUAUCUUAUCAUCGAUAAAAUGGUUAAAAUGUACAAAACCGGCUAUUAAAGUAUACAUAACUCAUAAAAAGCUGUGUCUUUGUUGUUUUCUUACUGUUUCCUGCCCUAUAAACGCCAUUUUAGUAAGUUUUAAUGUUUUGGUUUCUCAACUGUAGCUGUUUUUGUACAUUUUAACCAUUUUAUUGUUCGUAAGAUAAACUUCCAUACAAAUCCUUGUAAUUUGGCUUUCAGUAGGCUGUUGUGAUUCUGGGCGCCCUGUGGGGGGACCAGCGCAAGGAUGUCAGCGCUGUUUCGCAGACAGACUUAACCGGAAGAUUAGUUCUGUCCACAACACAGGCUAAAGCUGUUUGGGAAUGAAGUCAGUGACUAAAAGUGGCUGUAUUUGACAAAGGGUUUUAAAGCAAGCUUAUCAUCUGUUUUCAGUGAUUAUCACUCCAGCACCUGCAAGUGGUGGUUUCAUUGUAAACGGAAUUACGCAAACUGUCGUCCUGCCAAACACAUCAACCACAGUACAAGUCACAUCCUCAAGGGCAGGUAGUGUUUUGACUCCAAGCACAUCCAUGGUGUCACCAACAUCAAGCCCUGUGAGACCAUCAUCAGCACCAACUACUCCCAAGAUGAAAGGCACAACCCCAACCAAACCAAGAAAAACUGGCUCUUUGGCAAUUUUUUUCAGAAAGGUAUAUGUACAGCUGUUGCACUUGUCCUUUCAAAUUUAAUGGUUGUAAUAUAAGUUUAACUGCAGAGAUGUCAGGGUUCGCAAAUACGCCAAAUUUGGCGUAUUUUACGCCAAAAUUGUUCAGAUGACUCCACUGAGGUUAUGGAGGGAGUCACUUCGACUCCAGAAAUUUUCGGUAACAAACAUAGUUUUGUCCUUACCUUUUUUGCAACAAAUACAAUUUACGUUAAUUGUAAACGUUGUAAACCUUAAUUAAAUCAUCGAAAUUAAAGAAUUAUACUGCACGGCAAAACAGGAAGGGGGUAAAUUACGAUCAAAGUUUACUCGAUGACCGCCAUCAUGGAUUUGAGCUUUCUAGGUCAGCGGACCGCCACAGCUAUUUCGUGUAUCCCUCACGAUAGUUUAUACACGCCCGGACCACGUGCUGGAAAGUCUGAAUUUGGCUUUUUUCGUUGUGAUACUUGACUCCAAAUAUUCCAAAAUGACUCCGAAAUUUGUGAAGCAGAAGUCACACUGACUCCACUCAUCAAUAAAAUUUGCAAACCCUGGAUGUAUUAAUUUGUAUCAUACAGGUAAUAACGUAAGGUUAUGGAGUGCAAGUGACAAUGAUGCUUUCACUCCAGUGCUGUGCUUUGCGUCAGUUUAAGGUGACAGAUGGUCAGAUUUAGAGUGAUGAAAGGCCCAAUGCGCAUGAACAGACUGCGUUCUGUACCUUUCAUUUGCUCUUAAUUCUUAACGAAGCAGGCUACAUACAUGCAGUGCAUGCAUGAUAGCAAUCUGGAGAUUAGGAUUGCAGGCUCCUCUUGUUGCCUGCAACAAGAAACUCCUGCCUUUUUGUAGACUUUCUGACAGGCUAACCUUGGGACAGUUAAGUAGGCCUUAAAGAAAAUUUUGUCAUGGAUUUUAAUGGAAGCCUAAAGGGUAGCACCUUUCCAAAUAAAACUUUUGUUUUUAUUAUUUACAGCUCUACCAUCUGGCCAGUGUUCGCCUCAGAGAUCUAUGCACUAAACUGGAUGUUAAUGAAGAUCUCCGUCAAAAGUAAGUCCUUUCAACAAAAUUCAUUGAACCAUUGAACUUGAUACAUUUAAAAAAAGAGAUCUGUGUGGCAUCUGCAUUACAAGGCCUUCCGACCUUCAACUGGAAUAUUUGCAACACUAAGGGGGCCAUAGAAAGUGUCCAUUAAUGUAGUGUCCAUAUUGAGUGGGUUGAAUUUAGAGAAAAUGUAAGGGCUUUCUUUCCUCAUGGUCAAAGCGAAUUGUCCGUAAUACGUGGGUGAUUGUAAAGCCGCGUUUGACUGUAUAUUUGUUUACCAUCCUGUUUACUGUCAAACUAAGAAAAGCUAAAACCAGGGCUGUCACUAAGAUUUCAAGUUACUGGGUAUAAUUAUGCAUGGUAGGGAAUUGAACAGUUAGAGAUAGGAAGAUCUUUUGGUUCCAUGUUCCUUUUGUCUCUUAUGAAAGUAUCUCAGCGUCAUGCUCAUAGCAGCUGAGGGAAAUCCCCAGUCCUUUGCCAUUAAUGCUGAUGAACACCUGAAGUAUUUUGAAAACAAUAAAGGUUAGGAUGCACUGCAAGCACAUUAGAAAACCAGAAACUACUUACCCUUGCUGCUUGUGGCUUAAUUUUCCUGAUUGGUUUCUUCCUCACAAUGUAAUAAUGUUCUCGCAAAAAUUCUGGUGUUCACAUUUUUCUGAGUUUCACAGCAAAGACUGACAAUUGAGUUCAUGUAUUGUCUGAAAUUUUUCCUCUAAGAUGUUUUAUGAUCACAAAAUGCUCACUAUCACUUUCUUGCUAAAAUUAUCUGAUUUGCAGAAUGUGGACUUGCUUUGAACAUACGCUGAUGAACAUGACAGAGUUAAUGAAGGACAGACACAUUGAUCAGAUAUUGAUGUGUUCUAUAUAUGUUAUGGGAAAGGUACAUAAGAGGGCUUUGAUUUAUUUUCUGUUUAUUUGUUUGCUUUUGUUGGUUUCUAUUUUUUUGUUUUUCUUUUGGCAAUUAGUCACUCAAUUUUAGCUCUUAAUCCUGAAUGUAUUGUACCACAUUCUGGGCCUAGAAAACAUGAAAUAAAACCUCAGCCAAAUACAAGACAUUCCAUGUUGUUAAAACUUUGACCAGUUCAACACAGCAUUUCUAUGUUGUGGGAUAACUAGAAAACCUGGAUAAGCUAAUGCCCUAUUUUGUGAAUGCGUUUGCCACAUGAUGGAGAUGGUUUAACUUGCUUUAACUUUUUGUAGUUAGUUUACUUUGCAUAACAGUAUUAUGAUAAAUUAAUGAAAAGGUGCUAGCAUUUUUUAUAUCAUCUAUUGCUUGUUUUUUGCAGGUUACCAAUGCAGAACUGUCUUUUCAAAACAUUAUGAAGUGUUAUCGCACCCAGCCCCAAGCUGUCAGCCAUGUAAGCCCUUUGUUUACUUCCUGUAAGUUCACCUCUGCUUGCUUAUUUACAAAACCUCUUUUCAAACUUUCUCUUAAAGGUUUACAGAAGUGUUCUUCUUAGAGGAAGGAGGCGGGCUCCACUUGGAAGCAGUGGUAGUGAUGGUGGAGCGAGAGGUGAGAUAAUAUUUUCAACGUAGUGUUUCUGCCUUAGUUUAUGAGUACCCUGGAUCAAUCACCCAGAUCAGAAUACCUGAGGAAGAUGCUGCCAUUUAUAUGAUAUUGCAUCCUCCAGAAAACCUUGUAUUGGAAGUCUUGUGUUGUAUUAAAUUUUGUACAAUUACAGCAACGAAAGUGUUAUACAUGUGCAGAAUUGCUGUUUUCCUUAAUUGAAGCAUUACUGUGUUGCCUUUAUCCUUGCUGUUGUGGUAAUAAUCUUAAACUUUCUAUUAAUACAAUGAUUAUUGGUAGCUCUUUGAAAAUAGUUAGAUCUUCCCUUUGUUUGGAUUGCCAGUAGAGGUGCAGAAGUACAUCAAGAAUGUAAAAAUCCUGAGUGUUGUUGCCUUCAAUGUCUUUUAUCAUGGGUGGGGUGGGAGAAUAAUUUCGUGUCACACCUUCAUAAGUUGAUGUUACUGAAGUGUAUAGUAAAUAAUGGCAAAAAUGGCAAUUCUUAGCAAUAGCAAUGAAUGAUGUUUCGAUGACAUCAUUUUCAAAUUCAUGUAAAUCCUAAUUCCAUGAGUUCAUUAUAUAGGGAGUUGUGUGUGAAAGUUUAGUUGUAUGUGAUUAAAAGAGAAAAAUAUAAUAUGAAGUGUAAAAAGUGCUACUUAUCAGGUAAAUAGUGUUGCUUUGAUAGAGUCAGAUUGGGUGUUAAGUUUAGGUUUCUCCUCUCUUCGUGAAUUAAGCAAUCCAGCUUUCCACAGCAAUUCUUCAGGAUGGCAAAUUGGUCAUGUAGAUCUUUUAUCCAUUUGAUUGUGUACGUUGUGCAGGUAUUUGUCAAUCGCGGAAUGUUUAUGUUCACCAAUGCGUUGAAAAAGGUGUUGGCGUGUAUAGCCUACAUAGUUUGCAGUGACAAAGAUAAACAUUCGGCUGUUAUUAGAAUGGCAAAUCUAGUGAAAAAAAUCACCAGAGGGUUGUGGCAAGCACCCCAUACAAGUAGUCAUGUUAUUUCCUGAUGUGGCAGCUGGAUUUUUCAUCCUGCAUUUUAUUGCAGGUAUUAAAAGUGAACCAGGUAGUAGUGGACCAGCAAGCCCAGUUCAAGGUGCUAGUAGUGCAAGAGCAAGCCCUGUAAGGAGUGCAAGUACUGUCCCAUCAACACCUCCUCCAGCAAGUGCACAUACGUCAGGAUCAAGCAGCACUGAAAACAGUCCAAACAUUGAUGGGGAGAGAGGAGAUCUUAUAGAGUUCUACAACAAGGUAAGUAAAUAAUCAAAAGCAAGGAUUAUAACUUGUAAUAAACUAAGGUAAGGGAGUGUGGGCAAGCUUCAGGCUUCUGAUUGAAGUAGAAAACGCUCUUGCUCCAAAGCUGGUUCGUACAGUCUUGAAUUCUUGAAAAAGUCUUAAAUUUUACCCAACAAUUUUCCAGACCUGGGAAAAGUCUGUUAAAGUCUAUUGAUCACUAUUUGAUAACCUUGAGUCUGCAAAAAGAAAUUAUUGUUUUGGGAAAAAGUGUGGAAAAAGUCUGGAAUUUGGUUCCCAAAAAUUUGUACGAACCCUGUGAUGAGAUUAAGAUUGACGGUACUAAUGUGCAUGAUCAGAUAGCAUUCUAUGCAUUUCAUUUGUGCCAAGCAUGCACAACAUACAUAAUAUUGCAACUUGGAGAUGAGGAUUACAAGUUCCUCUUGUCGCCCACAAUAAAAUAUUACUUUUGUUUUUCAAAAAAGGACAAAUGUGUCAUUUCUCUUAACUGAUGCAUUUAUUUACCCAUUUUAUCCAGGUGUUUAUCAAAAGAGUGAAGAACUUUGCUCUCAAGUUUUCAGCUGGGGAUAGAGCGGUGAGUUUUUGCCGUGGUUGUUUUCUAAGAUGUUUUUCAAUUGUGCUACAUCUUGACGUGAUAAGGAAUGAAACCUUCAUUCGUAACAGUAUUUCAGUUUUGACAUGGUAAUCAGGCUUGGAAGGUCUAUUGUGUCUUAGGCAACUGCCGGUAACUUGUUACCGUAUCUUGUAACCUGUGUUGCUGUAACUUGUUUUUCUACUUGUUCUUCUUCUUCAACCACAAAAGCAGUAGCUAAUGAUGGCAGGACUAGUUCAGUUGGUUAAUGGCUUCACAGCAGAGUGGGAGUUCAAUUCCCAGGGCCAAACCAAUACUCUGUUUUUAAAUGACUCAGUUUAAUGAAGGUAACGCGUUUGCCUUGCAAACAGCUAGACCUUCACAUGGCUCCGAUGACCAUGUAAAAUGGCCAAAAUAGUCUUCACUAAUAGUAUUUUCAUGCUAAAUACAUUGACACUCAAAACAUGCUUUUUUGUCCCACCAGUUGGACUCGCCUCCACUUUCUCCUUUGCCAGUAAUGAGAAAUCAAGCUCAUUCACCUCGACGAAAAGUGUCCACGAGACACCCUGUGUACAUAUCUCCUCACAAGAAUGGUAUGUGUUCCUUUAGUGUUAAAUGGGCGUGGUCAUUUUAUUUUUAUUUUUGUUGUUCUUAGUUUCCAUUAGCUUUAGUCCUAAUAUCUACCGUAUGUAUUUGGCUAUAAGCCGAGCGAUUUUUACACAAAUUAAAGCUUAAGUUAAGUGAAAUUUGAGUCCAAGGGGCGUCUUGGCUUAUAGCCAAGAGUUUUUAAAAACAAUUAUUUUUCAGUGCAUUACAACUCUACUAAAUGCAGAUGUAUUCACUUAUAAGCCAAGCAAAUAGUAGGGAAAGCUCUUAUUAAGUGUAUUGACUUAAUAAAACCAUAACAAAAUAAUAUUCUCCUUUCAGGGGUUUCAAUGACUCCAACCACAAGGCUGUUGUAUUGCUUCAAAGAAAGUCCUGCUGAGGUAAAUAUUUUACCUGUUACCAUAAUAUUUUAAGAUAGAAACAUUGUAUGAGGUGAGUGAUGCAGGGCUGAGCUCUAGCAGCAUCUAGAUGCUGGGCUCACUGUAUUUCACAGGUUCAAAGCACAGGGCUUCCUUCAAUUUUUCUCAGAGCACAGCCUUGCAGAUUGUGUGCACAAUUCAUGUGGAUGGGCUUGAGUAAUAAAGGUUUCUUCUAUUCGUAGAAACUUCGAGACAUCAAUGAGAUGCUGAAGCAAGGUGCAGGAGAUACUAGCCGUAAGCGAGCCCUGCUACAGGACGACAAGAGUAGUCAACCACCGACGAAAAGAACUCCUUCAGAGGAACUGCUUCAGCGUAAGCUAACCAGCAUGAUGGAAGAAAGGCAGGCAUCUGCCUCAAGAUAA